AUGUCGCACGGCAACUGCAUCGCCGACAUAUACAAGUCGGUGAUUGCUGAUGUCAUCAGCAACAUGAGAGAAGCGUUCCUCGACGAGAAUAUAGACGUCGACGUGCUCUCGCAACUGAAAAAAGAGUGGGAAGACAAAGUGAACUCAAGUGGAUGUGUCGACUUGGAUAGCAACGCUGGACCGCCGGCGCCACGUCAACAUGCUCCGGUUAACCCGAUUCGUCCGAAUCCCAUUCCGCCGCAGAGAAUGAUGCAUCCGCAACACAAUCGUCCAGCGAACAUUGGAACUCUCCAAGCAGCUCAGAUGGGAGAAGCUCCUCUCCGAAUGGCAUAUACUCAUCAACCAGGGGUUUGUACUCUGAGGAAAAAAAUCUAUUUUUAAAACCAAUCAAUUUCAGCAGGCCCCUCAACAAAUCCGUGUGCAGUUUCCACAGCAGUUCACUGGAGGAUUGCAGUUUCCAGGACAAGUUGGAGCCCCGGUGUUCCUCAUGCAGCAGCCGAAUGGACAGAACCUUCCGGUGUCCAUGAUAGGACAGAGGUUCCAUCAGGGACAACCUCAACAACAGCAGCCGGGUCAGAGCAAUCCGUUGAGCCAUUUGCAAAUGGACGGCAACGGAGGCAUUGAAUCGGAUGGAGAAGGCUCGAGUGAACCGAGAAAAGUUGUGAAGAAACAUUCGUCGUCUAUAAAAGUUCGUGGAAGCGGAGCCAGCAAGAAAGAUGCGUUGAAAGUGCUCGGUUCGCUGCUCAAGGAGAUUCAACUUGAUGGAGGAGGCGGUGGAAUGUCGGACUCUUCCAGUGACGAAGAGCAAGAGGACGAGGACGACCCAUUGAGAAGAAUCGCCGACCGCAUGGGCAACGGAGAAGUUGAGGACGGAGAUCAAGUGGCCGAAGAAGAGCCUCUCAACUCGGAAGAUGACCAGUCCGACGAUGAGGACAUGACCUUGCUCUUUGACGCCGAUAACGUUGUCAUGUGUCAGUUUGAGAAGGUAAGCGGUCGCAACCAGUCUGAUAAUAACCUUUCUUAUUUAUAGGUAAACCGAGCACGUACCAAGUGGAAGUUCCAGCUGAAGGACGGAAUCAUGCACAUUGACAAAAAGGAUUACUGCUUCCAGAAGUGCAGCGGAGAAGCCGAAUGGUGA